UAAGAAUUUUGAAGAUGGCGUCACACCAGUCGGAUUUGCCGCAUGUUAAGUCCAUCAGCCGAAUAUCAAAGCUGCCCAUCGUAGAAGAUGGCAUACAGAUUGCCAGCAGUGUGUACGUCAGGAUAAAGCGUUCGAACUUUUUGAUUAACUGGGGCUUGGACACUGCCGAGCAAUCGCUGGUGGUGGCAAAAGAGAUAGCGACACCGGCCAUCAACGUUUUCAGUGGUCCAAUCACUGUGGUCGACCAUUUGCUCUGCAAAGGUAUCGACGUGGUCGAAGAAAAGGUGCCGGCGGUGCAUCUGCCC